AUGAUUAAGCCAAAGAAGUCUUCACGUGAACUAUGGAAUUAAUUGGGUUUACGUAAUCACAUUAAACAGGCCUUUGAAGAGAAGGAAAGUAAUUGGGGUUAGAUCGUUGAUUCAAAUAAGAAGAAUCUAGUAAUUCAUUAAACUAUAUUCAGAGCCAAAGAUCUAUCUCAGAAUAUGCAAUCACCUAAAAAUUAAAAGAGCAACAUAAUUCUUUUAUCAAAAAUAAAGAGAAACCUAAUACCAAGACUUUUUUAGAAGAUUAAAUUGAAAAAGGAAAUUAAGACAAAGAUGAAUGGUUAUAAUUAGCAUUAAUAAAUGAAAAAUCCCAUUUCUCACCUAUAAAUAAAAGAAAUUCAAAUGAUUAAACAUUUUCUCCAAUCAAUAGACUAAAAAAUGAGGAAUAAUAAGUAAGUCAGCAAUAAUCAUUCUAAGUAUAAAUAGAAAAAACUAAUAUUUGCAAACUCCCAGGUCAUGAAAAUAAUUAAUAUAAGUUUAUAUGUAUAGAUAAUGAUUGUCCAUAUAAGUUAUAAAAAGCAUGUGCUCAUUGUGUAAUCAAAAUGCAUACUAAACAUGUUAGCUAAAUGAAAGAAAUUGAGAAUUAUGAGUAUUUGAUUGAAUAAAAUAUUAAAAAAGCUGAGGAAUUAAUGGAUUAAAGUUAAGAAUUAUUUAAAGCAAUUUAAAAACCUUAUGAAAAUUACUUCCUUCAAAUUAAAAAUUAAAUUAUUACUCUGAUUAAUGAUCUUUAAUAAAAACUGUUGUAAAUUAAUAAGGAUUAAAUUCAUAAAUUGAUAAAUAAUGAUAUUGAAAUUGUUUAGAAUAUUAAUUCAAAGUUUGAAGCAUAUAAAUUAAUGAAUUAAUUAAUACCAGAUGAAAUUAUUGAAGAUUACACACGUAUUAUAAAAGGUAUUUCUGAAAAGAUUAAACUCAAUAUUAAUUUUGACAUUAUUAAUAGAUAAGUUGAAACAUUUGUUAUGUCAAUCUUUUCUCCAAAAAAAUAAAAAGAAAAUAAAGAAUAAAAUGAUGAUACUGAACUAUUACAACAAUUUAUAUCUACUAAUAGAGAUUCAAAUAAAGAGUCAAUUCUUAAACCAAAUAAUUCAAUGACUUGUUGUUCUCAUCCAUCUCCUUUACAAACCAAAAAAUAAUUGUAAACAAAGCUUGUUAUGGGAUCUGCGUCUCCAUUAAAUGUUUUCAAUCGUUAAAUAAAUGGAAGGCAAGUUACUAAAAUAAUCUAAACAUAGCCCAUAAUCUAUUAUAGAACAAAAAGUUGA